AUGUACAUUUACGUUGUGACUCUAUUUGUUAUUUUAAAUGCAUUUUUUGAUUUUAAUUAUUUUAUUAAAACUUUAUUCGGUGUUUGGAGUGGAAGAAUAUGUAAAGAAAAGUGUACUUUGAACGAAGUUACCACGGUAUAUGGCAUAUGCAGUUUUAGGGAUUGUGACAUUACUUUUAACUCGAUUAGGCUAGCAAGGUUAAUAAGGCAGCUAGAUUUUGCUCGAUAUAAUUUUUAUGAUAGAACUGGAAUUUAUCAAAGAAGCAAGGAAUUAGAGGUUACUUCAUUACAAGGUUGUACUCUAACGGUUACCUUCGAGCCGGUACCAUUGUUUUGGAGAUACAAAAUUGAAACCGAGCUUGUUUACUGGGAUGAUCGGUCCUUAUUCCUAGAGCACAAAGUGAUCACUUUGUGCGAUGCUAGGGUCCGGUCUUUCAUAGUUUCUCGACAGCACGUGAUAGGAGAAAAUGCACAAUCAGCUUCAAGUCUACUCGAAGGUUUGCCAGGCUCCGAGGUAAGGCCUGUAUGCCGUGAAUAUUUAAAGGAUUGGUUCAAAAGUAUGGAAAUAUCUAGUGCUAAGCUUAGAAGCGUUAAGUAA